AUCCAUCUCUCUUGCUUUGCUUCUUCUCUGCAACUUCAAUGGCGACUCACAAAACCCCGAAGCCCAAACUGAGAUCCAAAUCCCAAAUUCCCACCAUUUUGAUCUGCGUAGCUGCCAUUUUUCUCUUGUAUCUGCUAUGCUCCAUAGAUUUCUCAAGUGGGUUUUCAUUUUUCUCUCAAAAAACCCUAGGCAAUGUGAAGAAAUCCAAGGAAAAGAGGCAGCACACUGUCCAUGAAAAGUACUUGUAUUGGGGAAACAGAAUCGAUUGUCCGGGAAAGCAUUGUGAAUCGUGUGAGGGUCUGGGUCACCAGGAAUCUAGCCUCAGGUGUGCUCUUGAGGAAGCCAUGUUCUUGAAAAGAGUUUUUGUGAUGCCUUCUAGGAUGUGCAUCAAUCCAAUACAUAAUCAGAAAGGAAUCCUCCAUCAAUCUAAAGAUGCAAGUGCUGAGGAAAGGUGGGCAGCAAACUCUUGUGCCAUGGAUUCUUUGUAUGAUAUAGACCUUAUAUCCAACACUGUUCCUGUAAUUUUAGAUAACUCAAAAACAUGGUAUCAGAUACUGUCAACAAGUAUGAAGUUGGGAGAUAGGGGAGUUGCUCAUGUUGAAGGAGUUAGUCGUGUUGAUCUCGAGGAGAGUAGUCACUACUCAAAUCUCUUGCUUAUAAACCGAACUGCAAGCCCUCUAUCAUGGUUUAUGGAAUGCAAGGAUCGAAAUAAUCAUAGUGCUAUAAUGUUGCCAUAUUCAUUUCUUCCUUCAAUGGCAGCUGAAAAAUUAAGAAAUGCAGCUGACAAGAUCAAAGCACUUCUUCGUGACUAUGAUGCUAUACAUGUACGUCGAGGAGAUAAAAUCAAAACAAGGAAGGACAGGUUCGGUGUCGAAAGGAGCUUACAUCCUCAUAUGGACAGGGACACUCGCCCAGAAUUUAUCCUUCAUAGAAUCCAGAAAUGGGUCCCACCUGGACGAACUCUUUUUAUUGCUUCAAAUGAGAGGACACCAGGAUUCUUUUCACCUCUCUCUGUCAGGUAUAAACUGGCUUAUUCCUCAAAUUUCAAUCACAUCCUAGACCCAGUAAUAGAAAACAAUUACCAGUUAUUUAUGGUUGAGAGGCUCAUCAUGAUGGGAGCAAAAACAUUCAUCAGAACAUUCAAGGAAGAUGAUGCGGAUCUCAGCCUCACAGAUGAUCCGAAGAAGAAUACUAAGGUCUGGCAAUUACCAGUUUAUACCUCGGAUGAAGAGGGAAGUUGAGUUUCCUUCAAGUCUUGCAUGUGGUUCAGCGUAUUGCCUGCCACUUUUUGUUGUGACAUAUUCUGCAUGCUGCCAUCCUCUUCAUUGAAAACACAAGCAUAUAAUUGAUUUGCAUACCAGAAUCUUGUAGCUGCAGGUUGAGACUCAAUACCAAAGCCAAUACUGGGAGGCGGAAUAUUUCAUUGGCGGAUGUAAAUUUGUGUUCUUUGGUAAAAAUAGAGUUUUGUGUCAGUAUGUGCUUUCAGUUCUGUAUCAUAGCCAUUCUUCUCAAGGGGCCCCCCUUCUUUUUUUUUUUCUGUACUUUACUCUUGACAUCCUUAUUGUUUCAAAUUAAAUUGUCACACAUAUAGUUCUAAUGAGUAACCCAAAGGUAUAAACUGGCUUAUUCAUCAGAUUUCAAUCACAUCCUGGACCGAGUAAUAGAAAACAAUACCAGUUUCUUAUGGCUGAGAGGCUUAUCACUAUGGGAGCAAAAACAUUCAUCAGAACAUUCAAGGAAGAUGAUACAGUUCUCACCCUCACAGAUGGCCUGAAGAAGGAUACUAAAGCCUGGAAAAUACC